ACCUUUCUUUGUCUCUCACCUUGACGUGCACUUGCGACGUUUAAUUCCCAAAAACCUAGAACGUUCUCCCGUCCCUGGUUCACUCGGAAUCUUUUUUUCACCCUCCGUUUAGUACAAGAAUGACCAUGCAAAGAAUUAAAUUUUUGGUCAAUUUAGAAGAUGAUUUUGAGAGAUAUUUACGUCCUGGACAAUCGGUCUUCAUGACAGUACCAUCGGACGCUACCAUUGCGGACUUGCAAAAAACAAUUAUGAAUGCGGUCAAACUACCUGACUACCCGCUCAUCUCGCUGGAUGCCAACCUCCCAAGCACGGGCCAUGUCUACGCAACUCCAGACGUAGCGCUGGCUUCGGAAGUGCCGCAGAGAAAUGACGGCCUACGUGUUGUGUAUGCCUAUCCUCGGCGAUAUAAUCAAGUGAUUCCUUUGAAAGACGUUUUCUGCAAGCGGGAGGAUACGAUCCGUGCACUUUAUAAUCAAAUAUUGUGGUGGGGACGAAGUCCCUUUAUCGUACACACUUUAAUUCUCUCAAAGUGUUCCGUCUGUUUGACUGGCAGGCUUAGGUGCGCGGCCCUCCGGGUAGUGGAAAAUCCACGCUGCUGGAUCUUUUAUCCAACUAUAUAAUACAGCAAGAACCAAACGCCAAUGUCUUUUAUGUGCCGAAAUGGACAGCGGGCGAUAAUCCAGGGUACUUAGCUUUCAAGGAAAGAUUCUUCCGAAUAGCCUCGGUUUCCAUAGAGUUCAUUGAAGCCGGUGAGCGUCCGGCGUGGCUAUUGAUGGACGAUAUGCAAG